AUGGCGACCACGGCCCAGGAGCACCUGGAAAUCGGUGGCCGCAUCAAUUGGCUGGCCUCCCUCAACACAGCCUUCACCCCUGCCCGCAACUUUCGCCGCACUGCCAUCAUCUGCACCAUCGGCCCCAAGACCAACUCGGUCGAGGCCCUCAACAAGCUUCGUGAUGCUGGCCUGAACGUGGCCCGUAUGAACUUCUCCCACGGCAGCUACGAGUACCACCAGUCUGUCAUUGACAAUGUGCGCGCUGCCGUUGACGUCCACCCUGGACGACCCGUUGCCAUUGCCCUCGACACCAAGGGCCCCGAGAUCCGCACCGGCAACACCACUGGCGAUGUGGACAUUCCCAUCACCGUCGGUACCGUCAUGAACAUCACCACCGAUGAGAAAUACAUCACUGCUUGUGACACCCAGAACAUGUAUGUCGACUACAAGAACAUCACCAAGGUGAUCCAGCCUGGUCGUGUCAUCUACGUCGACGACGGUGUCCUUGCCUUUGAUGUGCUGAGCAUCAAGGACGACAAGACCGUCGAGGUCCGCGCCCGAAACAAUGGAUUCAUUUCCUCCCGAAAGGGUGUCAACUUGCCCAACACCGAUGUCGACCUGCCCGCUCUCUCUGAGAAGGACAAGGCCGAUCUUCGGUUUGGUGUCAAGAACGGUGUCGACAUGGUCUUUGCCUCAUUCAUCCGCCGUGCUCAGGAUAUCAAGGAUAUCCGUGACGUCCUGGGACCCGAGGGCAAGCAGAUCCAGAUCAUUGCCAAGAUCGAGAACCGACAGGGCCUAAACAACUUUGCCGAGAUUCUCGAGGAGACCGACGGUGUCAUGGUUGCCCGUGGUGACCUGGGUAUUGAGAUCCCCGCCGCCGAGGUGUUCGCUGCCCAGAAGAAGAUGAUUGCCAUGUGCAACAUUGCUGGCAAGCCCGUCAUCUGUGCUACCCAGAUGCUCGAGUCCAUGAUCAAGAACCCUCGUCCUACUCGUGCUGAGAUUAGCGAUGUUGGCAACGCCGUCACUGAUGGCGCUGACUGCGUCAUGCUUUCUGGUGAGACCGCCAAGGGUAACUACCCCGCCGAGUCCGUCCGUGAGAUGCACGAGGCCAGUCUCAAGGCUGAGAACACCAUCCCCUACGUCUCCCACUUCGAGGAGCUGUGCACCCUGGUGAAGCGCCCCGUCUCCCCCGUCGAGUCCUGCGCCAUGGCUGCCGUCCGUGCCUCCCUCGACCUUGGAGCUGGUGGUAUCAUUGUUCUCUCCACCUCUGGAGACUCAGCCCGCCUGCUGUCCAAGUACCGCCCUAUCUGCCCCAUCUUCAUGGUGACCCGAAACCCCACCACUUCUCGAUUCAGCCACCUGUACCGUGGUGUCUAUCCCUUCCUGUACCCCGAGCAGAAGCCCGACUUUGAGACUGUCAACUGGCAGGAGGAUGUCGACAAGCGCAUCAAGUGGGCCGUCACCCACGCCAUCGAGCUCGGCACCCUGACUGCCGGCGACACCGUCGUCGUUGUCCAGGGCUGGAAGGGCGGCAUGGGCAACACCAACACCCUGCGCAUUGUCCGCGCUGACCCAGACCACCUGGGCAUUGGACAGAUGGCUUAG